CUCCCCUCAUAAAUCAUAAUUUCCCCACCCUUUUCUCACACACUCUGCAGUGAAACACCCUGCUCCAAACUCCUUCGAUGGAAAGCAUCCAGCACAGUCACGUGGAAGUUAAGGGACUAAAGCUCCAUGUUGCUGAGAUUGGAAGUGGUCAAAAGGCACUGGUUUUCUUACAUGGAUUCCCAGAAAUAUGGUAUACAUGGAGGCACCAGAUGAUUGCUGCAGCAAAUGCUGGCUACCGGGCUAUUGCCUUUGAUUUCAGAGGCUAUGGACUUUCUGAGCAUCCUGCGGAGCCAGAAAAAGCAAACUUUCUUGACCUUGUUGAUGAUGUCGUGGGUCUGUUGGAUUCAUUAAGCAUUACCAAGGCUGUGCUUGUUGGUAAGGACUUUGGUGCCUUUCCAGCGUAUAUUGUUGCCGCUCUCCAUCCAGACAAAGUAGAUUCAGUCAUAAUGUUAGGUGUUCCAUUCAUGCUUCCAGGUCCCUCUGCUAUUCAGAACCUCCCAAAAGGCUCCUACGUUAUUAAGUGGCAGGAGCCUGGGAGGGCAGAAGCAGAUUUUGGCCGCUUUGAUGUUAAGUCAGUUAUAAGGAACAUCUACACACUCUUCUCUGGAAGUGAGAUACCAAUAGCAGGUGAUAAUCAGGAAAUCAUGGAUUUGUAUGACCCAACUACUCCCCUGCCACCAUGGUUCUCUGAGGAAGACCUGGCAACCUAUGCAUCACUAUACGAAAAAUCUGGCUUCAGAUUUGCAUUGCAGGUUCCAUACAGAACUCUUGGAGUGGAUAGUGGCAUAAGUGAUCCUAAAAUCACAGUUCCGGCACUGCUGAUCAUGGGUGAGAAAGACUAUGUCUUCAAGUGUUUUGGAAUGGAGGACUACAUCCGAAGUGGCGCAGUGAAACAUUUUGUGCCAGACUUGGAAAUCAUAUAUAUUCCAGAAGGAAGCCAUUUUGUGCAUGAACAAUUUCCUGAGAAGGUGAACCAGCUCAUCAUUGAAUUCCUUAACAAACAAAGCAUUUGAUUGUCUGAUCUGAAGCUCAGAGUAGGAUGCAAUAUUGUAUAAGAAGCAACUCUCUGUGGCGGGAUGAUUUUUAAGGAAUCACUUAUUUCCAAAUAAGGCAAUAAGUAACUUGAAUGAGUACUUAUUCGAUAGAACUUUGAUCUACACUCUACAGACAUUUUGAUAAAUACUAUGUAAUUCGUAUAGAAUUGCUUUUGCUCUAUCCUCAACAUUAAUGAUCAAUCAUCUCAUUGAUGACCAGCGACGCUGACUAUAAAAGUCAAA